GGAAAUCUCUAGAAACAGGGUUAAGGAAGAGGACACCAUAAGCCCUGUCCUCCUGUCCUUUCUUCCUACACCAUGUGGAAGAACAGACAGGCUCUGCCAUGUCUCAUUUCAGUUCUUCUUGUCUUUCUGCCUUCUGCUUCCUCCAUCCAUGCAGAUCCGAAGUAUAUGGUGCUGGUCCCUUCCCAGCUCCUCACUGAGACCCCUGAGAAAAUCUGCCUCCAUCUAUACCAUCUGAAUGAGACGGUGACAGUCACAGCCACCUUGCAGUAUGGCUGGGGAAACAGAAGCCUGUUCAAUGAGCUUGUGGUCGACAAGGACUUGUUCCGCUGUGUGUCCUUUACUCUCCCCAGACUUUCCCUUUCUGAGGAGAAGGUGUCCCUCUCUGUCCACAUCAAAGGGCCAACACAUGAAUUCAGCAAAAAGACGGUGGUGCUGGUGAAGAACAAAGAAAGCGUUGUCUUUCUCCAAACAGACAAACCAGUGUACAAGCCAGGACAGUCAGUCAACUUUAGGGUUGUCUCUAUGGAUAAAAAUCUACACCCUCUGAAUGAGUUGUUUCCUGUGGUUUACAUUGAGGAUCCAAAAUCGAACCGAAUUAUGCAGUGGCAGAAUAUCAGCACAGAGAACGGGCUUAAGCAACUGUCCUUCAGCCUGUCUCUGGAGCCCAUUCUGGGCUCCUACAAGAUAGUGAUACAAAAACAAUUGGGAGUGAAGAAAGAGCACUCCUUCACCGUGGAGGAAUUCGUGCUAUCCAGAUUUAAAGUUCAACUAAAGGUCCCAAAGGGCAUCUAUAUGCAAGAAGAAAAACUAAAAGUGACGGCAUGUGCAGUAUAUACCUAUGGGAAGCCUGUCCCAGGACAUGUAAAUAUAAGUAUAUGCCUUAAAUAUCCUUACGGCAACCAUUGGAAAGAGCCUGAAUGCAAAGAAGUCAGUUACCAGCUGGACAAAAAUGGCUGCAUCACACAAGAAGAAAACAUCACUAUGUUCCAAAUAAAUAAAAGAUAUUAUGGCAUGGAGGAUAUCCGUGUGAAUGCAACGGUUAUAGAAGAAGGGACAGGAUUCGAGUUCAGUGGAUCUGGAACAACUAAAAUUGAAGGAACCACAACCAAACUAGUAUUUGUGAAAGUGGACUCACACUUUAGACCUGGGAUUCCAUUUCUUAUGAAAGUUCGCCUAGUGGAUGUCAACGACAUUCCUCUCCCAAAAGAACAAGUCUUCAUCAAAUCAAAAGAAACUGGCUACACCAGUGCUGCUAUCACUGAUCAACAUGGCCUGGCAGAAUUCUCCAUCAACACCACUGGCAUUGCGGGUUCUUACCUCACUAUCAAAGUCUACCACAAGAAAGAAAAUUCAUGUGUUCGUUUCCCUUGCAUGGAAGAACAAUACGCAGAAGCAAAGCAUGAGGCCUACAAAGUUUAUACCGAGAGCAGGAGCUAUGUCUACCUUAAGACAGAGCCUGGCAUCUUGCCCUGCAGCCAGAUUCACACAGUUCAAGCACAUUUUAUUCUGAAGGGGCCGGUCUUGAUGUUGCUGAGAGAGCUCAAUUUUUACUACCUGGUCAUGGCCCGGGGUAAAAUCAUCCAUACUGAAAGCCACACUCACCACAUGGAACCAAGCAAAUUCCCUGCAGCUCCUGUGAAAGGCCACUUCACCUUGGAGAUCCCCGUGGAGUUCAGCAUGGCUCCCAUGGCUAAAAUGCUCAUCUAUGCCAUCUUGCCUGAUGGAGAAGUGAUUGCAGAUUCUGCAAAAUUUAAAAUUGAAACGUGUCUUCUCAACGAAGUGGACCUGAGCUUCAACCCAGCCCGAAGUCUCCCUGCCUCACAGGCCCAUCUGCGUGUCACAGCUUCUCCUCAGUCCCUCUGUGGCCUGAGAGCCGUGGACCAAAGUGUGUUGCUCCUGAGGCCUGAAGCUGAGCUCUCCCCUUCCUGGAUCUACAAUCUGCCAGAGAUGCAGCACAAGGACCUUACUCCAAGAUCCCACCAGCUCUCUGAAGACGAUCAUUGUAUUGAUAGAGUCACAUACUCAGGACCAGACGCAUAUGACAAGGACGUCUAUGAAUACAUAGAGGACAUGGGUUUACAGGCCUUCACCAACUUGAAGAUCAAACAUCCUAAAUUAUGUCCUUACUUUGACUAUGUGCUAAAAGCAGUGGCUCCAAAAUAUGAUCUUGCCGAUGCCAGUGAUGAACCUGAAGUCACGGUGGCAAAUAAAAACCUUUUCGAUGGAAAUCCAACUAUUGAGACCUUUCGAAAAUAUUUCCCUGAAACCUGGAUCUGGGAUUUAGUCACAGUAAACUCCUCAGGUGUGGCUGAAAUGGAAGUGACAGUCCCUGACACCAUCACUGAGUGGAAGGCCGGGGCCUUCUGCCUGUCCAAUGACACUGGACUUGGGCUCUCUCCUGUGGUUUCUCUCCAAGCCUUCCAGCCCUUCUUUGUGGAGCUCACGAUGCCCUACUCUGUGAUCCGAGGAGAAGCCUUCACGCUCAAGGCCACUGUGCUGAACUACCUUCUUACCUGCAUCCGGCUGGGUGUGCAGCUGGCAGCCUCUCCAGAUUUCACAGCUGUCCCGGUGGAGAAAGCCCAAGAUUCUUACUGCGUCUGUGCCAACGGGAGGCACACCACUUCCUGGUUGGUGACUCCCAAGUCUCUAGGGAAUGUGAAUUUCUCUGUGACUGCAGAGGCGCUGCAGUCCCCAGAGCCCUGUGGUUCUGAGGUGGCCACAGUCCCUGAAACCAGGAGAAAGGACACAGUUGUCAAAGUCCUGAUUGUUGAGCCUGAAGGAAUUCAGGAGGAGCACACCUUCAGUUCCCUGCUCUGUGCAUCAGAUGCUGGGCUAUCUGAAAAAUUGUCCCUGGUGCUCCCACCAACAGUAGUGAACGAUUCAGCCAGAGCCCAUUUCUCUGUGCUGGGUGAUAUCCUGAGUUCAGCCAUUAAAAACACCCAGAAUCUUCUCCACAUGCCCUAUGGCUGUGGGGAGCAGAACAUGGUCCUUUUUGCUCCUAACAUCUACGUACUGAAAUAUCUGAUUGAAACUCAGCAGCUGACUCAGAAAAUCAAGGAAAAAGCCAUUGACUACCUCAAUGCUGGUUAUCAGAGGGAGCUGAACUACAAACACAAGGAUGGCUCCUACAGUGCCUUCGGGGAUCGAAAUGGCCGGAGUCAAGGGAACACUUGGCUCACAGCCUUUGUGCUCAAGUCUUUUGCCCAAGCUCGAGCCUUCAUCUACAUCGAUGCAGCACACUUAACCCACACCUUCACCUGGCUCUCCCAGCAGCAGCAGGACAAUGGCUGUUUCAGGAGCUCCGGAUCACUGUUCAACAAUGCCAUGAAGGGGGGAGUAGACGAUGAAGUGACCCUCGCUGCCUACAUAACCAUUGCCCUUCUGGAGAGUUCAUUCCCAGCUACACAUCCUGUUGUCUCCAAAGCCCUGAGCUGCUUAGAGUCAUCCUGGAAGACAGCAGAACAAAAUGGAAGGAAUAACUCUGUGUACACCAAGGCCCUGCUGGCCUAUGCUUUCACUCUGGCAGGGAACCAGCAGAAGAGAAAUGAAAUCCUGGAAUCACUUGAUAAGGAAGCUAUAAAGGAAGGUAACUCUGUCCACUGGGAAAGACCCAAGAAACCCAGGAAAGCAGGGAUGUCUCUGUACGAACCCCAGGCUCCCUCUGCUGAAGUGGAGAUGAACGCCUAUGUCCUCCUCGCUCUCCUCUCUGCUCAGCCAGCACCAACCCCUCAGGACCUGGCUGUGGCAGUGAGAAUCGUGAAGUGGCUCACAAAGCAGCAGAAUGCCUAUGGCGGCUUCUCCUCCACUCAGGACACUGUGGUGGCCCUCCAUGCUUUGUCCAAGUAUGGAGCAAUUACUUUCUCCAGAAGUCAGAAAACUCCUUUGGUGACCAUCCAAUCUUCAGGGACGUUUUCCCAAAAGUUCCAAGUAGAGGACAGUAACCGCCUGUUACUGCAGCAGGUCCCUUUACCUGACCUUCCUGGGGACUAUGAAAUCAGUGUGACAGGAGAAGGAUGUGUGUAUGCUCAGACGACGCUGAAAUACAACGUGCACUGGGAGAAGCAGCAGUCUGCAUUUGCUCUCCGGGUGCAGACAGUACCUCUAACUUGUGAUAACCCCGAAGGCCACAACAGCUUCCAGAUCUCACUGGAAAUCAGUUACACCGGGAGCCGUCCAGCCUCCAACAUGGUGAUUGCUGAUGUGAAGAUGAUAUCUGGUUUCAUUCCAUUGAAGCCCACAGUGAAGAAGCUUGAACGGUCCGAGCACGUGAGCAGAACAGAAGUGAGCAACACCAAUGUCCUGUUAUAUCUGGAUCAGGUCACCAAUCAGACCCUGGCCUUCUCCUUCAUCAUUCAACAAGACAUCCCAGUGAAAAACCUACAGCCUGCCAUUGUGAAAGUCUAUGACUACUAUGAGACAGAUGAAGCAGCCUUCGCUGAAUACAGCAUGCCCUGCGGCACAGAGAAACCAAAUUUUUGAAACUUGUCACUCAUUGAAACUUGGACAAGGCAUUGCUGGAAUCUCCAAACCCAGGAACCUUCAAGAUGGUGAUUUUCCUUUGUCUCUGCGAUAUAAAUACUGAACAACCUUGGUAAAUAAACACAUAGUUCAAAGUG